CAUCAUUAUUCCAUUCACAAUUUUUAUGAUUCGAUCGAAGAGAUCCUGCAUUCCGAAAUGGCUCCAAUAUUACGAAGAUUAUUUCGUUUCCGUCCGUCUAUUCAGUCAAGAGAUUCUCGGCCCACAGUGGCUCAAGUCCUGGCUCGUGCCAAGGCAUGGGCUGUUAAAUAUGACAAAAUCAACAAAAGAGUUGAAGAGCAUGAGAAGAGGAUUCAGAUGGUUAUAGAUUGCCUCAGACGCAUAGAUGAGUAUAACUCCACCCGCAUUCGUUCUUGCAACAGGGUCUCAGAUCUACCCGAAGUUGAUGAAAAAGUUUAUAAUGAUGAAGAAGUUCAUUAUGAAGAAACCGGUGAAGAAACCGACGAGGAAACGGAUGAAGAAACUGAUGAGGAAAGUGAUGAAGAAACUGAUGAAGACACUGAUGAAGAAACUAACGAUGAAACUGAUGAAAAGUGA